AUAAGGAGAAGAAAAACACACGUCUCUCAUUUUUUUUUUAAACAAUUGUAAACUUAAACACACUUAACCAUUAAGGAAUAGUCAGAUUUUAGUGUACUUUAUUAGCAGUUUAAAAUGUGGUUGUGAUACCGGUAACAUGUAGCGAUACUUGUUUAUCUCUUCUCGACGCAGCAGGUUUUAGCCUAGUGGUGAGCGGCGUUGCAGUGAAUGUGUUUGUGCUGCAUCAGCUUACAGUUGUUCCCCCCAAAUCGUUUUAAAGUUGUUUUAGCUUGAUUUUAAAAUCUGCUGCCCGAGAGAUGGCAUCAGCAACGACGACUGAUCCGGUUUUUAAUCCCGGAGCCAUAGGGUUACAAGAGUCUCUAGUCCCCGCUAGCAUGUUUGCUCCAGGCCGGGGAUGCGGCGAUGAUGACGGGGCAGAGUGCUUCGAAGACGGGGAGAUGUUCAACGGCGAGACCGUGGAUCUCGGCAUUGACUUCUCCAGCAAGAUAGCCCUGGUCAGUCCCAAUGGAGAACAGUAUGACUUGUUACUACGGCAUCUGCGUGAGAGGAUGGACGAAGGCUGCGGGGAGACCAUCUAUGUCUUGGGGGUGGGUUCAGAUGGAGGAGACUAUGGUUUGAAUGAGAGUGAUAUGCAGGCGUCUGUGGCCACAGUAAGGUCCAUGUGUGAGCAGAUCGAGGCAGACCUCAUCCUGUUGAGAGAGCGUGCUGAAGCUGGCGGCCAGGUCAGAGAUUACCUUAUUCGACGUCGGGUGGGAGAAGCUGACUUCCUGGAGGUUAGGGUGGCUGUAGUGGGGAAUGUGGACGCCGGUAAGAGCACUCUGCUGGGUGUGCUGACUCAUGGAGAGUUGGAUAAUGGACGUGGUUUUGCACGACAGAAGCUCUUCAGGCACAAGCAUGAAAUGGAGAGUGGCCGCACCAGCAGCGUGGGCAACGACAUCCUGGGAUUUGAUCAAGAAGGCCAGGUAGUCAACAAACCUGACAGUCACGGAGGCAGUCUAGAUUGGACCAAGAUCUGUGAGAAGUCUUCUAAAGUCAUUACCUUUAUUGACCUUGCUGGCCAUGAGAAGUACCUGAAGACAACUGUGUUUGGAAUGACUGGCCAUCUGCCGGAUUUCUGCAUGCUGAUGAUUGGAAGUAAUGCAGGAAUUGUUGGCAUGACCAAAGAGCACCUGGGUUUGGCAUUAGCUCUCAAUGUUCCCGUCUUUGUGGUGGUUACUAAGAUUGACAUGUGUCCAGCAAAUAUUCUUCAAGAGACCUUGAAGCUCCUGCAGAAGAUCUUAAAGUCUCCAGGCUGCAGAAAGAUCCCUGUCCUAGUCCAGAACAAAGAUGAUGUCAUUGUCACUGCAUCCAAUUUCAGCUCUGAGAGAAUAUGUCCCAUCUUCCAGAUAUCGAACGUCUCAGGGGAGAACAUGGACCUGCUGAAGAUGUUCCUGAACCUGCUCUCCUCCAGAAGCUCAUUUAAAGACCACGAGCCUGCUGAGUUCCAGAUAGAUGACACCUAUUCAGUGCCUGGUGUAGGAACAGUGGUGUCUGGGACCACGUUACGAGGGCUGAUCCGACUCAAUGACACUUUGCUUCUUGGACCAGACCCUUUGGGUGCUUUUCUACCCAUCACCGUCAAAUCCAUUCACCGCAAGAGGAUGCCUGUGAAAGAGGUCCGUGGUGGACAGACGGCCUCUUUUGCUCUGAAAAAGAUCAAGCGCUCAUCAAUAAGGAAGGGCAUGGUCAUGGUGUCCCCACGAUUAAACCCGCAGGCAUACUGGGAGUUUGAGGCGGAGAUACUAGUUUUACAUCACCCAACCACCAUCUCACCUAGAUAUCAAGCAAUGGUGCACUGCGGUAGCAUCAGGCAAACAGCCACGAUCCUCUCUAUGACCAGCGACUGCUUACGCACAGGAGACAAAGCUACCGUCCACUUCCGCUUCAUUAAAACCCCAGAAUACCUUCACCUAGACCAGAGGCUCGUCUUCAGAGAGGGAAGAACUAAAGCUGUGGGAACCAUCACAAAGUUGCUUCUUUCAACAACUAAUCAGCCGCCAAACUCUAAACCUCCCCAAAUCAAGAUGCAGUCAACAAAGAAAGCCCCGACUAGAAGAGAGGAUGGAGUGGCCCCGUCCAGUGAGGAGAACGCUAGCACAGGAUCGCCAGCCGCUCAGCAAAGUGUACCACAGCAGCCAAAGUCUGGAGGCAGAAGACGAGGAGGUCAGCGGCACAAAGGCAAACCUCAGAGUAACUCCACAGUGACCCUCGCCGGUGCGGUCGGGGGCUGCUAAACUCCUCCUUUCAAGAGUCCAAGAGUCACACCUUUUACCUGCCCACAUGGACCGGACCACUUUGAUGACCAGGCUUAAGAGUUCACAGAACCAACAUCCAGAUUGUUUUGUGAACUUUAAUUUAUUAUAAGACAUGCGUGUGUUUGUAGACUGUACAGAUCGUAGAUACUGAGACACAUACUAUAAAUGUCAACUUAAAGCUAAAUUUGAAAUCCAUUUCUUCUUGCGGAACAUGACAUCAUGUUCUUGCUCUAUGGCUGUCAUUCUUAACAUGUUUUUAGGAUAAUCCCAUUGGAAAUUAUGUAACGCUCUGGCUGACCUCUCCAUUAUGUAGCGAAGUAUUAACAAGACCUGUCACACAGUUGCAUUUAAUUUGAAUUGGCAUUGUUAUUGUGGACCAUGAUGAUUAGAAUGCUUUCGGGCAGUGUUGGGGGCUGAAGACAUUGUGACUGCAGAGUUUGCUGGCAGCUUGUUUAGUGUGAAAUGUGAGUUUUAAAAUCUAAUCACACUCAUUGCUAAUUACCUCAUAUUACAGUCUGUUUACACUUCCCCAAAUCACUAGCAUUAUCAGGCCUGACUAGCUUAGCUCAGGUUCCGGAAACUUUUUCAAUUUUCAAAUAAGAUACUUCAGAGUAGUCAGCGGAACAACAGAAUGUAGAUCUUAAGGUUCUAUAAUGUGUCAAAUAGUUCCUCAUUGGGAAACUUUACAAACCAGUGCCAGUUGUUCUUAAGAAAAGUUGAUUUAAUAUUAUUUUUUUUCUCAGAUGUGAUCGACAGGUCUCUACAACACUUGCUGUAAAUUCUUUCAGAUUAUUUUAUUGUUUACUGAGCUUUAGUAUUUAAACCCUUUAGGCAAUAUGAUACCUGGACCAUUCUCUGCGUUUUGUGAAACUCAUUUUCCACAACCAAUAUACAAAUAAACUGAUGUUGACAAUUUGA